UUUUUUUUCUUUCACUCUCGAAACAUCAUUAGUUACAAAAUUUUAAAUAGAAAUUUGAAAAAAUUUGAAAAUUUUUUAAAAAGAAGAGAAGAAUUAUCUAAUUAAAAUUAAAUCAUGUUCAUUCGUAACAUUGUGUUGAUAGUAGUAGUGGCUAUUAUUGGCCCAACAUGGACAUUACGUACAUCAUCCGAAUGUGAUAUAAAAAAACCUGUACAAGAAUGUUUACAUCUUGGUUUUCUAUUGGAAUCUGAUUCGAAAAAAUUUCAAGGAUUUCCAACAACAAUGUCAGCAUUAAAUGAUAAAUGUAAUGAAUUAAAACGAUCGGAAGAAUGUGCAACAAAUUUUAUUAAUCGUUGUUCGGAUAAUUCAUUUGAAGAACGUAUAUUAAAUCAUCUUUUAGAAGGAUCAAAUCGUGUUAUGAAACGUUUAUGUCGUACAAAUGCACGUAAAAAAGAAUUACUUGGACAUGUUAGCUGUGCUAAUUCGGUUGUUGAUGAUACAUAUCGUUGUGUUGGUGAUUAUAAAAAAUUAGUAUUUGCUGCAAAUAAACUUCAAGAUAAACAUAAAAUUUUACGAAUUCUUUGCUGCAAAAUUCGUCAAACAAUACCAUGUGUUGGUAAAGCGAUGCGAGCAAAAGGACCAUCAGUUUGUUCAAAAGAUGAUAUCGAUUAUAUGCGUGAAAUGCAACAAAAAGUUCGUCUAGAAAUGACAUCGAUCGUAUGUGCCGAUUAUGAUCGUGAUAAAUGUGAAAAUGUUGAAAUACCACCAAUAACCGAAGCUGAAUAUAAAGGAAAAUCAUUAUAUGAACCAUUACGUGUAUUAUAUCGUAAAGUAGUUCGAGAAUAAUAAUAAUAAUGAUGAUGAUGACCUUUUUUAUAAAACGUUUAUUUUUUCUUCUUCAA